GUGACUCCAUUUGCGGAAGUUACGUCAAAAAAAGAAGUUGUUUUUCUGAUUUCACUUCAGCUUCGGUCAACUAAUAAGGCGUGCUGUCGUUCAAAGUUAUUGUUUUCUAAUAUAACUACUUUAAUCCCAAGGAAAGUGGACAGAUAUCAGGAUGAGUGCUCGAAACAGAAAAAAUGGGAUUGGUUACUUGGAAAUUUAUCAGGCCAGCCUGGAACGACGGCUUCAGCAAGGCGAGUGGGAUCUGGUGUGCCGAGAUGAAGACUUGUGUAAGGAAGUUGAGACGCGUCUGUCUGAAUGCAGUCCCCAAGAAUUCCACCCUCAGCUUGGGUUAGACACGCUGGCAGUGAUAGAAACUUCACUCCGAGCAUCACACCACACGUUGGGUCUAAAUAGGCUGAAAAGUCUGGUUAAGGCGUUUGAAGUGCUAGAGCUUGCAGCACUGAAUCUCUAUCUCUGCCCAUGGCGGAAGGAGUACAAGGUGGUGAAGAUGUUCUCAGGUAUGUUCACUCACUGCGUCAAACCUGCUCUGACAGCUCAGCAAGUGAAAGAGCUGUUUGCAUUGCUCGGAUACCAGCUGGGAGGGAGCAACGUAGAGGAGCUGAGAUUAUCCGCAAAACCAGUUCAUUCACACACCCUUCUCCAGCUGGCCUGUGCUUUCUUUACAGCUCGUAUAGAGUGCCAGAUGCUGCUGACUGCUGUGGCUACCAUGGGUGACAGCAUGGAGUGGGUGCUCCAGCUCAUUCACGAAAGAAAGCGUGGCUGCUCUUUUCAAGUAGCACUGGACAGUGCAAAGAGAAAGCUGGGGCCUGAUCCGUGUGAUGCACCAUCACCUCUAGAUGCAACUCUAGAUCUGUACACAGACCUGGCAGAUCACGAUCACAUGGCUUCACCGCCAAGCCUUCCUUACAUUCCACCCGGUGAAGAUUCUUUACCGCAGCAGACGUGCCACAGUAGCACUUCUCAGUCAAACCUCAUUCAAAGGAAUGAAAAGAAGGCACAGAAUAUUUCCAUUUCAUCCCUGACCUAUCAAAUCAAUGCAACACCAGAGAAGACUGGCUCGAGUCUAAAGCCGUGUGAACAUGAAAGACAGUUUACAGCAAUGCAUUAUGCCCAGCAUAAUGCAUCAAAAGAAGGAAAAAUAGUGUGUAACUGUUCAAAGUUAUAUGACUCACGUCAUAAUCAGUGCCUCCAGUGCCUUGAAAAUCAUAGUGUGGAUUGUCCUUGUUUAAGGAGCUGCCUGGAGAAAGGCCAUCAGGUCAUUUUUGCACAGCAGCACAUGAAUGAUGCACUAUCCAAGACCAAACAGGUGCAAAUACAAAGCUGGGAAAAAACACCAAAAGACAAUCUGAAGCAACACGGCUGUAUAAACAAAUCCAGCAAUGAUUUCUUCUUUGUGUGCCAUGAUUGUCAUAAUAUUCAUGAUGUAAAUUGUGAGGAACUUCAAAUAUGUUGCACUCGAGGACAUAUUGUGCAAUGUACAGGAAGGGUACAGCCAGCUCAUGUAGAAAGAGAGGUGAUUCCACAUACAUGUAUAAAGGUAGAAUGUACAGACUCUGCAGUGUGCCAUACAUGCAACAAAUCACACGAUUACUUUUGUCAUGAAUGGCAGACAUGCAAGGAAUCUAAUCACAAUAUAAGAUACGUGUUUGAAAAUGAUGAAAAAGCAGCCAAAGCCAAGCCCAUGCCUUUGCACAGUUGCUGUACAUCCACAAAGCCGGAGUUUGCCUGCCACACAUGCAGAGUUUUCCAUGGUGUUUACUGUGAUGGUAAUCAGUGCCAAAGACAACAUGAAGUACAGAGUCUCAAUCAUAUGUGCAGCACCUGCUCAGAUACUGAAGUUUAUAUUUUGUGUAGGUACUGCUGUGCCCAACAUUGCAAAACCUGUUGGUUUAAAGACCCUCUGCAAUGCGAAUGUGGCAUGCCUUUUGAUAUCUCCCCCGUAUAAAAGAAUGAAUAAUUUGUAUUUGUCUAGGUGCUAAGGCACUUUACCAGAUUUGCCAGUUUUCACCUGUUAUUUUAGCCAAAUUAUAGUUCCUACAUUUACUAGAUGGACACAAGCACCUUUGAGUUAAAAAAAAA